AUGGCAGACCAUGCGGAUGCCCCCAGCACAAACAAGGCCUUUGUGCCUCUUGAAAAUAACCCAGAAGUCAUGUCCCACCUUAUCCACCAACUGGGCCUCCCAUCCACCCUCGGCUUCACAGACGUCUACUCGAUCGACGAACCCGACCUCCUCGCCUUCGUCCCCCGUCCCUCACACGCUCUUCUCCUCGUUUUCCCCGUCUCUCCAACCUACGAAGCCUCCCGCCUCUCCGAGGACGGGCCCUUACCCGAAUACACCGGCUCCGGCCCCGCAGAGCCAGUAAUGUGGUUCAAGCAGACGAUCCGCAACGCCUGCGGGCUCAUCGGACUGCUGCACGCCGUGGCGAACGGCGGACCGCGCAAACAUGUCCUCCCGGGCUCCGAUCUGGAGACUCUCCUGCGCGAAGCGGAGCCGUUGGGUCCCAUCGCCAGGGCGGAUUUGCUGUAUGAGAGUAAGGCGUUGGAGAGUGCGCAUGCGGAUGCGGCUCGGUUGGGGGAUACGGCUGCGCCGCAGGCGGAGGAUAACGUCGACUUGCAUUUUGUGGCGUUUGUGAAGGGGUCUGAUGGGCGGCUGUGGGAGCUUGAUGGGAGGAGGAAAGGGCCGUUGGAGAGGGGACGGUUGGCGGAUGAUGAGGAUGCGUUGAGUGAGAAGGCGCUGGAGUUGGGGGUGAGGAGGUUUCUGAAGACGGAGGCUGCGGGGGGUAAUCCGGAUUUGAGAUUCAGUCUGGUCAGUCUGGGGCCUUCGUUCGAUUGA